CGCCAUGGCGGCGCAAGGGGACCCGCUGAGCGGCUACCUGCCGUCGCUGCCCUCCGAGCCGGGCUCCAACAGCGAGCGCAGCGCCGACUCGCCGCCGCCCGGCUCCGAGGAGGACGCGGCCGCCCUCCGACCCCCGCGCAGCCCCGAGUGGGGCGAGGAGCGAUUCCGGGUGGACAGGAAGAAACUGGAGGCCAUGCUACAAGCUGCUGCUGAGGGCAAAGGUAAAAGCGGAGAAGACUUUUUUCAGAAGAUUAUGGAAGAAACAAAUACACAGAUUGCUUGGCCAUCGAAGCUGAAGAUUGGAGCAAAGUCAAAGAAAGAUCCACAUAUUAAAGUCUCUGGAAGAAAAGAAAAUGUUAAAGAAGCUAAAGAGAGGAUCAUGUCUGUCUUAGACACAAAAAGUAACAGGGUCACCUUGAAGAUGGAUGUUUCACAUACAGAACAUUCUCAUGUAAUUGGUAAAGGUGGCAAUAACAUUAAAAAAGUAAUGGAAGAAACAGGAUGUCACAUCCACUUUCCAGACUCAAAUAGGAAUAACCAAGCAGAAAAAAGCAAUCAAGUGUCUAUUGCAGGACCACCAGCUGGUGUGGAGUCUGCCAGACUUAGAAUAAGGGAGCUCCUUCCAUUGGUACUGAUGUUUGAAUUGCCCAUAGCUGGAAUUCUCCAACCAAUCCCAGAUCCUAAUUCUCCCACAAUUCAGCAUAUAUCACAGACUUACAACAUUUCAGUUUCUUUUAAACAACGUUCUCGAAUGUAUGGUACUACUGUCAUUGUCAGGGGGUCACAGAAUAAUACUAGUGCUGUAAAGGAAGGAACAGCAAUGCUUCUGGAACACCUGGCAGGCAGUUUGGCCUCUGCAAUCCCAGUGAGCACACAGCUGGACAUUGCAGCACAACAUCAUCUCUUUAUGAUGGGUAGAAAUGGCAGUAACAUCAAACAUAUCAUGCAGAGAACUGGUGCUCAGAUCCACUUCCCUGACCCCAGUAACCCACAAAAGAAAUCCACUGUCUACCUCCAGGGCACUAUUGAGUCUGUCUGUCUUGCCAGACAAUAUCUCAUGGGUUGCCUGCCUCUUGUGCUGAUGUUUGAUAUGAAGGAAGAAAUUGAAGUAGAACCCCAGUUUAUCACUCAACUAAUGGAACAGUUAGAUGUCUUCAUAAGCCUUAAACCAAAGCCAAAACAACCAAGCAAGUCUGUGAUUGUAAAAAGUGUGGAGCGAAAUGCCUUGAACAUGUAUGAGGCAAGGAAAUGCCUCCUGGGACUUGAAAGUAGUGGCAUCACCAUAGCAGCAAAUCUGUCUACACUUUCAUGCCCUGUUGGCCUCUCCUGUCCUGGUUUAGACAUUUUGUCCUCAGCAGGGCUAGGACUCACUGGACUAGGUCUGUUGGGUCCUACUGCCCUAUCUGUCAACACCUCCACUUCUCCAAACUCCCUCUUGAAUGCCCUUAAUAGUUCUGUUAGUCCUUUACAGAGUCCAAGUUCAGGCACACCUAGCCCUACAUUAUGGGCAACAUCUCUUGCUAACACAAAUGCCACAGGUUUUUCUGCUAUACCACACCUGAUGAUACCGUCUACUGCCCAAGCCACUUUAACUAGUAUUCUGCUAUCUGGAGUACCUAAUUAUAGCCAGAAUACACCAUCUCCCCCCCCUGGCUUGACUCCCAUUGAUGUCCAUGUCAAUGGUAUGCAACCAGAAAACAAAAAAGGCUCAACUUCUUUAAAUGGUCAUGUGAAGACCUCAAAUAUCAGCUAUGCUGCACUAUCUGCCUCAUCACUAGGAGAAAAUGUGUUGAGCACAAACCACAGUGAUCCAGUAAGACAAACAAGUAGUCAUAGCACCUCAGAACAAGUGACUGCCAAAUCAGAUACUACAGAUGGUUGCAAUGAUGCUUUUGUAGAAGUAGGCAUGCCAAGAAGUCCAUCACAUUCAGCCAAUGCCAGUGAUCUGAAGCAGAUGAUGAGUUCUUCAAAACAAUCAUGUGCUAAGAGACAAACCGUAGAGUUAUUGCAAGGCACCAAAAACUCUCACUUACACACUGCAGAGAGAUUGCUGUCUGACACCGAGCUGAGUGCUUCUGAAAGUCCAGUGGCUGAUAAAAAGGCUCCUGGGAGUGAACGAGCAGCAGAGAGGGCCGCAGCUGCACAACAGAAUUGUGAGAGAGCACGUCUUGCACCACAGUCAUCAUUUGUAAAUAUACAGGCAUUUGACUAUGAACAGAAGAAGCUAUUAGCAACUAAAGCAAUGUUAAAGAAGCCAGUUGUAACAGAAGUGAGAACUCCAACAAAUACGUGGAGUGGGUUAGGGUUUUCCAAAUCAAUGCCUGCAGAAACUAUUAAGGAAUUAAGAAGAGCUAAUCAUGUACCAUACAAGCCAUCAAUGACAACUACAUAUGAGGGUUCAUCAAUGUCUCUCUCACGGUCUAACAGUCGGGAGCAUUUAGGAAAUGGCAGUGAAUCUGAUAACUGGCGAGAUCAUAAUGGUAUUGCUCCCACAUCUCAUAAUGAAUUUGUGUCAUCGAUUGGCAGCCCCAAACGAAAACAAAACAAAUCCACUGAACAUUAUCUCAGCAGCAGUAACUACAUGGACUGUAUUUCCUCGCUGACAGGAAACAAUGGUUGUAACUUGAACAGUUUGUUUAAGGGGUCUGACCUUCCUGAACUGUUCAGCAAACUUGGUUUGGGUAAAUACACAGAUGUUUUUCAACAACAGGAGAUUGAUCUUCAGACAUUCCUUACUCUUACGGAUCAAGAUUUGAAAGAGCUAGGAAUUACCACUUUUGGCGCCAGACGAAAAAUGCUGCUUGCAAUCUCAGAACUGAAUAAAAGCCGAAGAAAGUUGUUUGACCCAUCAAACAUACGUGCCUCUUUCCUGGAAGGUGGAGCUAGCGGAAGACUGCCACGUCAGUAUCACUCAGACAUUGCUAGUAUCAGCGGUCGCUGGUAACGGUAUGUUGUGGCUCACAGUCAACUGUAAAGAUGGACAUGGCAAUCCUGUGGACAACUGUCACUGCACACCCAUCCUCUGCACUUUGGGAGUUUGGGUAUCAAGGACCAAAGUAUUUUGUCUGCACAAGUACUGUGCCAAAAAAAGAAAACACUUGUGUGUCAUCUUUCAGAACACCAAAUGUGGGUUAUGUUUUACUCAUUUAGAAUGGACAGAAUUUGCAAUAAUAAUAAUAUAGGGUUCUUUGUUUAGUAUUUUAUUACCUAUAACUAUAAUGUAUGCACUGAAUUUUUACUUUAUUGAAUGAAGGAAAAAUGAAGAGCUGAAAUGCCAGAGAGCAUAGCUUUUGAUUUUAUCACGAUGGAUUUUUCUGGUACUGCUUAAAAUAAUUAUUGAGGUCUUUCUGCACUUUAUGUGUUCUGAUUUCGUGUCCUGUGGAAAUUUAUUUUUCUCUCUUUUAUUUCCAUAUAAAAUGUUGUAUUGGCACUCUUCAAAUUUUACAGUGUUCCUAUAUUAGGUCAAAUCUCACCACCAGGGUACUAAGAAUCAAUCUGUAUGUAGAUUUUUCCCCCACAGUUGCCUGAAGAAGCAUUCAGAAAUCAAACCACCUGGUAGUAGACCAGUCCUAUUAUGUUCUUAGGAAGCAAUCUAAAACUGUUUGCAACAAAACUCAUUCACUUUAACAGAUGUAAUGAAAGACCAAAAUGGACCUUGCAAUAUUAACCCUUUGCAGUCAUCAUAUUUAACUUCUGCGUAUAAUGCUACAACUGAUUUUAAUGGUUGUCUCAACACAGAGGGCUAUUUUUAGUAUACUGCCACUAGAGGACAUUUAUUUAUAUCAAACUUUUAUAUUUAGAUUCUAUACACUAACAGUACAUAACAAAUUAAACUGAGAUCUACUAAAAAUUUAUGGUAGAGAAUGAAAGGCGUUCGUCAGACUGGAGCUGUGUGCCAUAAGUUUGAUGAAGCAGACAACUAAUCUAAUUUGGCAAGACCACACUGUUGCCAUUUAUUAAGUGACACAUUACUUACGUGACUCUGCAUGCAGCAAUUAAGCAACAUAUAUGAAAUAGAUGUUAUAGCAUCUGUUUUGAUUUAGGUUUGCGAUUUUCAGCUAUGAAGUACUUAAAACUCUGGGAUUGAACUAUUUCUGAAAAACUGGUUUAACAAAAAAAAAGUCCAUGUGAUAACUGGCUAGAGCUAACUAUAAUAUUCUUAUACUGUGAAAGUCCAAAAAAUUUGGCAGUAUUGUUGCUGCAUCUUUUCAGAUGUCUGGUUAUGGAUUUAUGAAGGGUUUUCAUAUAAUGAAGGAAGUUAUAACGUGCCUCUCUUUCUGCAAUGCAGUAUGAAGGUUCCAAACAUUAAUUUGUUGGAAAGCAUUCCCAUAGGAAAUAUUGUGAAUUAUCUGUACUGUAAUGUAUUAUUUAUGUUCAGUGUACAAGCCUUUAAAGAUGGACAUGAACCACUAUCAAGUGCUCUUAAGAGAAGGCAUUAGAAUAACCAUUUACAGUAGAUAAUUUUAUACAAAAUGGCAUGAAAAUAGUUUUGACACUUUCCAGGAAUAAUUAUUUUAAGGUGAGAAAAGAAAUUCAAUAUAUGGAGACAUUUGCACACAUAAAGGGAAUUUUUGAAAGGUAAUUAUUCUGAGGGCAUUGAUGAUCAAGCAGUAAUAAAGUGGCCUGUUGCAAAUAGCAAAAAUUAACUGCUCAGUAUUGGUUUCAGCCAUAUCCACUUAAUGGUGUGUAGCUUAAUAACGUCCACUGUAAAUAAAAUAGCAGUUAACUCUUUCUGUGUUUAAGAUUAUAGAUGAACAAGUAUAGACCUCCAGGUUGCAUGCACACAGUUUUUACACACCAAAGUUAUGUGCUCAAAUGCCCAAAGUCUAUGAACAUAUCAGAUAUUGUGUGUAUCUUUUAGACAUGCUGAAUUUUAUGCAAGCAGUUAUAGUAGCCAAAGGCCUUAAUCCUGCAAAUAUUUACUCUCAUGCUUAGUUUUAAGCAUAUGAGUAGUCCCAUUGAUAUAAAGUUACUCAUAUUUAAAAGUAAGCAGUUGUGUAAGUGUUUGCAAGAUCACUGCCAUGGUUUGAAAAUUUAGUAGCAUAGAAACAUUAUAGUUUUACAUGAUAUUUUUAAAUAAAUAUUUAGCAACGCUACAUACAAAUUUCUUGCAAUCUCUUCCUAGUUAGUCUGAUUAAUUUUUAAGCUUACCUAAUAUUAAAGUUUAAACAUUUUUUCAGAAAAACUACACAUCUCAUUUUUUUUCAGUUUUUUCAUAGGUAUAUUGCAUCUAAACAUAUUUUUGGCUGACAUUAUUACAGUGUUAAGUUGAUGUGAUCUUUUGCUGAGCAGUGCUUUUAUCAACCACACCAAAGUAAAAAAGUUCCCAGUAAUAACAUGAUCUUGAAUAGGGCUGCACAUACACAAAAAACACACUGGAAAAUAUUUUUCUCACUUUUAAUUCCACAAAGGGAAUAUAACAAUACAGCAUACAGUGUUGUCAGUGUUGUAUUAUGCACAAAAUAUUUGACUUGCUAAAUUAAAAUAUUAGUUUUGAAUCUGUGCCUUAAUAAUGACCAGUUAUCUGUAAAUCUAGAGCAGAUACAGACUAUUUUUGUGGGUUGUGUCCUUUUAGUGAUUUUUUUUUUUUAAAGAAAGAUGGAAUUAAAACAUAAAAAAUGGGGAUUUUUCAAAACUAAUCAAUUGUUACAUAGAAAAAAAUAAAUUUAUAUAACCCCCUUGUAAUCUGAUUGGUAAAAGAUGUUUUAUUUAGACCCUAGCUCUAGAGGCAGUUGCUUCUUAGAGGCAGUUGCUUCUUAAGAAAACACCAGAACUGAAUUUUCACAUAUUGCAACAGACGUUUCUUUCCCAUUGACUAAUUUCUGCAUGUUCUACAAUUCACAGUAUUUCAUAAAAAGUGUUUCCCCCUCUGGCUUUUGAUUCUGAAUAGUUGUCAAAAAGUUGCAAUUUUUUCCUGGGGUGGCUACCAGAGAUUACAAUAAUUCUGGGACAUGGAGUCAAACUAACAACUUUUCCUUAUUUGUUUCCUGUCAGCAUGGAAAAUGUACUUGCGAGUGCCAAAUCAUGGCAGUCAUUAACACAAACAAGAAUACACAGGGGUUUGGAAUCAUGGAGAUGUGGAUUUAGAUCUGCGAUUUCAUAGGGCUUUUCAUACUGCAGAAAUAUGGGUGAUGGAGCAGGAAGAGGGGUUGGAUGAAAUCAAGCAGUUUCUUCUGCAUUAAGGGGAGCAGCUUCUAUCCUUGACCAAUGAAGAGUUAUUAGUGACACAGGGUAGUGAUGCAAACAGAGAUGACCAAGAGUAGCUGAACAACAGCUGAUUCCUAGAAACUGUGCCAAGUUCAGUCUAAAACCCUGGGUGUCUCUCAGCACGGAGAAAUGUUGCCCUUAUCCUCCAGAAGGUUAUCAUUCCCAUUUGGAAGCCUAAAUAAUUUUGGUGUUGGUAUAUCAACUGUCAGCUGUUUCCCUGAAAGACUGAAGUGCUCUGAUAGAGGUGCUGUCCUAUCAUGUCUCAAACUGUGGCCAGAUGUAGGAGGCCAUUGAUGGCAUUUUAUGGAUGGAGUUUCUAAACUCUUGCACCUAUUCUUUGUUUUUCAGAUGAGGCCAAAGACUUUAUUAACAGGAAGGAGAAUUUCCUCAUGACAUAUAGCAAAGCCUCAUUGAUUACCAUGGAAGAGUCACUGGUAUCAAAGUGAAGUGGCCUGCAAGGUCCAUGAUGCCAGGAUAAUUACAAUCUUACAGCUGUAGGCUGAAACAAGCAAGACAGUAUUUUCUUUCCAAACCAUUGUGUGCAUUAAUGGAGCAAGGAAUUUUGAAGGGAUUCUUUCUGAGAUAUCCAAGUCUUGCUUAUUGGCUUAGGUAGCUUCUCAUUGAACAUAUGGCCACGAAAAAGGGACCAUUAGUGACAGUCUCAGUGGACAUUAUUUGGAAGACUGAAGCGUAAAUGGCAGCAACCUCUGAAAAGGUUUUUUACCUUGUUUGAUAAAUUCUCUUUGCACAAUGCCUGCACAGCAUCUAAGAGGGAACCUGGAGGAUGGAUUGGAGCAAAAAGUAGAGACAUUCUGAACAAUUUCUGAGAUGACAGUAGUAGAAGGUUUCUCAGUAAAAUUCCCCAAGUGGACAAAAAGGGUUUGGGGUUGCAUUUUUCUCCUACUUUAAGCCAGGUAAUUGUUGUGAAUCAGUAUAUUCUUGUAGCCAUGAUCUUAUGUUAGAAUUUAUUAGGAUUUAAGAGUAUUGGGAGGAAUUUUGUAAUACCGUUUAUGGUUACAGAUGUAAAUCAGUUAAAUUUUUCAGCAGAGUUGUACCAAAAUAAACUGAAGCGGCAGGUGA